AUGGAGGUGGUUGACAAGAUUGCCGGGCCAGAGGGCCCUUGGGUGGCCACUGCCCGGCAGCCAAAUAAUUCAGAGUUGCCAGCAUCAGUAGUGAUAGAUGCAGCUAGGGAAGGGGAGGGCACGGAGCAGCCCGAUGAGAAGGACCCGUCGGCACAAGGCGGGGAGAGCUUCCGGUUCCGGGGCGAGGAAUCGUCGGGUGAGGGUGGCCGGAGUUCGUUCUCCGGGGCGAGCCACCCUCCGGAGCCAAUCGAUGUGGAUGUUAUGAGCACCGUGUAUGUUUCGGUUGACGAGGAGAAGACCGGGCCACCGGGGUGCUUGCUGCGAGGCCCGUCAGCCAAAGCACCGUCCAUGGAAGACAUUUCUGUCCAUGCCGCAGACCUGGAACCCAAUGUGGUUGCUUUGGUUGAAGAGAUGAAGGUGCCCGGUGCCCCUGUUCCAGAGCCUCCUGGCGAGGCCGUGCCCUCAACUCAGUCGUCGGAGGAGAAGGAUCGCACCGGUGACAGCGCCGGUGCCACACGCAUCAGGAACAGCUGCACAAGCACACGCAGAAGCGGAUCCGUUGCCGGUGAGCCCGCGGUGACCGCCGGGAGGACGCAAGACAGCGCAAAGGGCAGCUUCCGAGGCAGCUCAACGGAGAGCAUAAAGACCAGCGGGAGCCAAGCGAGCGACAGCAGCGACGACAGCGGCCGGAGCAACAGCGUCACCGGAGCCGCCAGCAAGCCCCACAAGGGGAACGACCCUCGGUGGCGGGCGAUCCUCGCCGUCCGGGCCCGGGGCGGCGCGCUGGGGAUGAGCCACUUCAGGCUGCUGAGGCGGCUCGGGUGCGGCGACAUCGGCAGCGUGUACCUGUCGGAGCUGAGCGGGACGGGGUGCCACUUCGCGAUGAAGGUGAUGGACAAGGCGUCGCUGGCGGGGCGGAGGAAGCUGAGCAGGGCGCGGACGGAGAGGGAGAUCCUGCAGCUCCUGGACCACCCCUUCCUCCCCACCCUGUACGCGCACUUGGAGACCGACCGCUUCUCGUGCCUGCUCAUGGAGUUCUGCCCCGGCGGCGACCUGCACGCGCUGCGGCAGCGCCAGCCGCGGAAGCACUUCUCCGAGUACGCGGCGAGGUUUUAUGCUGCGGAGGUACUCCUAGCUCUGGAGUAUUUGCACAUGCUGGGGGUGGUGUACCGGGACCUGAAGCCGGAGAACGUGCUGGUGCGCGACGACGGCCACAUCAUGCUCUCCGACUUCGACCUCUCGCUGCAGCAGUGCGCGGUGUCGCCGACGCUCGUCAGAGCGCCGGCGUGCGACUCCGACCCCAGGAGGGCAGGCGGCGCCUUCUGCGUGCGGCCCUCCGGCUGCAUGGAGCCCUCCGCUGCCUGCGUCCAGCCCGCGUGCUUCAUGCCCAGGCUGUUCGGCCAGAGGAGCAGGAGGCGGCGGCGGUGCUCCGAGCCGGGGCAGGGCGUGCCGGAGCUGGUGGCGGAGCCGACGGCGGCGCGGUCGAUGUCGUUCGUGGGGACGCACGAGUACCUGGCUCCGGAGAUCAUCAAGGGCGAGGGCCACGGCAGCGCCGUCGACUGGUGGACGCUGGGCGUCUUCCUGCACGAGCUGCUCUACGGCCGGACGCCCUUCAAGGGGGCGGGCAACCGCGCCACGCUCUUCAACGUCGUCGGCCAGCAGCUGCGCUUCCCGGAGUCACCGCCGACGAGCCACGCCGCCAGGGACCUCGUCAGGGGCCUGCUGGUCAAGGAGCCGCAGCAGCGGCUCGGCGUCAAGCGGGGCGCCGCAGAGAUCAAGCAGCACCCCUUCUUCCAGGGGGUCAACUGGGCGCUCAUCCGGUGCAGCACGCCUCCCGAGGUGCCCAAGCCCGUCGAGGCCGAGCCGCCAGCGAAAUGCGGAGCAACCCAGCAGCCGACGGUGAUCGGCGCCGCCGAGGUGAAGUCCGGCGGCAAGUUCCUCGACUUCGAAUUCUUUUAG